AUGAAUAAUUAUAUAUAUUAAAUCAAAAAACAAAAAGAAUAGAUGACAACUACUCUUCCUUUUAUAUCGAAGAAUAAGAACUAUGUGGAAAUGAAGGCAGUAACUUGGUAAAAGGACUCUCAUGGACUCUUUGAUUAUGAGACCAAAUCUUUAAGCGUUAAAAAGCAUAGAGUCGAAGGAUCGUGCAAAGUCUGCAGAGAAGACAACGAGAUAGUUAUUUAGGAAGGCAAAAAUAAAGAUGAAGCACACAUGGCAUUAACAUCCAUUUAAGCUUAAGGAGACUAAUAUUUUAUAUAACCUAAUCAAAGUUCAACAGAGAAUGACAAUUAUUUGAUUGUUCGUAGUUUAAAAAAUGCAGAUGGAGUGUAGAAGGGUUACACUUUAUAGGAAGGGGACUUGUUGAAAUUGGGCAGAGUAGAGUAUCAUGUCAUUGAGAUUCGAGAUGCAAAGGGAUAGAUCAGAUCAGUGAAGGACGUUUUCUAAUCGGAAGCAAAGUUGGCCCCCCCAUUAGAAGGUGGUGUUGCUAAACAAUGCAAAAUAUGUUUAUUGGAAGAGGAAACCCCCGAAGAUCCCUUCAUUACUCCUUGCAAAUGUAAUGGAAGUUGUGCCUAUGUGCAUUUCAAUUGUCUCAAACAUUGGCUCGACAGCAGGGGAUAUAAGAAGGAGUCUGGCAACACAAUUUCUUACAGAUGGAAAAAAUUAGAAUGCGAGGUUUGUUAGGAAUUGCUGCCUUAAUAGAUCAGAUUCAAAGGGAAAGUACUCGAUUUGGCAUCUCUGGAAAGGCCCAAUCAACCAUAUAUAAUAUUGGAAAAUACGCAAAUUUCCGAAAAGGAUAAGAAGGCUCAAAGAGGAAUAUAUUUGAUCAAAGGGACAGCAGAAGACUAAGUUAAAUUGGGUCGCGGUCAUCAAUGUGAAAUUCGUAUAUCAGAUAUCUCAGUGUCUAGACUCCAUGCAUUUAUUAAAUAUGAAAAAGGCAAUUUUGUUAUAGUUGACAACAACAGUAAGUUUGGUACCUUAGUUCGAUUAUCAACACCAUAUCUUAUCUGUAUGGAUAAAAUUGCAAUUCAAGUUGGAAGAACAGUGUUGACAUUUGUUAUGAAAUCUUUUUCAAGUUUAAAUGGAAAUACUCAUGCUGGACUUGCAGCUCUACACAAUGGAGAAUAAGGCAGAAUUAUGUUUCAGACUGGGUUUUAAGCAGGUAGUAACAAAACCUCGUCGAUUAACAAUAACUAAAAAAAGCAUGACAAGCACACUGGAUAAUGAUUUUUAUUUUAAAUACAAUCUACAAAUACACUCUAUA